CGGUAUAUUGAGCUGCGUACAGCGCCACUCGUCAUAUCUGACGUCGAGGCGCUGCGCGAGCAGUGGCCUGUGACCGCCCGGACCGCGCCCCAAAGCGACGCGGCCCAAAGACGCGCCAAAACCGAGCACCCGGCCCAGAGCCCCAAGAUGGCCGCUACCGUCGCCCCCGCGGGCCACAUCUGCGUCCUGCGCUCGAACGGCGACGACGGCAACCGCAUCCCGCUGGACGCCAGCGCGGCGGCGACCGUGACCUUCGGCCGCGCGCUCACGUCGGACGUGCGCAUCGCGCUCGCGCACUGCUCGCGCCUCCACGCCGAGCUGCGCGUGGACCAGAACGCGCGCGUGUCGCUGGUCAACCACGCCAAGGCCGCGAACGCGACGCUCCUGAACGCGCAGCCGCUCGCGCCCAAGGCCGCGCGCGACGUGCGCGACGGCGACGUCUUCGAGAUCUGCGGCAAGCGCUUCCGUUUCGAGGCGUCCGUGCUCGCGGCGACGACGACGAUGGCCUCGAUCACCGAGGAGGAGAACGUGACGGCCGAGAAGCGGGACGUCGCGAAGCCGCUGCCGUCGGGCCUGCUCCAGGCGAUCACGGCGCGCCGCCGGUCGUCGGUCCUCGGGCGGCCCGCGAAGCCGCCGCCGCCGCCGCCGCCGCCCCGCGCGGCGCCCGCGGCCCCGAGCUUCUCCGCCGAGCUCAAGGCCGCGACGGACCGGCGCCUCGCCGCGCUCGAGGGCGCCAAGCCCGCGCGGCCGCCGGGCUGGCGGCCGCCGCCGCCGCCGCCGCGCGCGGCCGCCGCGCCGGUGCCCCAGGACCUCGCGGGCGAGCUGCGGGCCAAGCUCGCCGCGCGGCGCGCGCGCGUCGCCUCGACGGGCGACCGCGACUCGACGGCGGCCGCGGCCCCGCCGGCGCGGCCCUUCGCGGCCGUGCUCAAGGCGCGCCUCCUGCAGCAGGCGGGGCGCAAGUCACUCACGGCGGGCGAGGUGCUCCGCAAGGCCGAGGCCGCGCCCGAGGCGGCCGCGCCGGAGCCGGAGCCGGCUGCCAUGGAGGCCGAGCCGGCCGCGCCGGCCGAGCCGACGCCCCUGGAGCCCGCCGCGGCCGCGCCGGAGCCGGAGCCCGCCGCCGAGCCCGCGCCCAUGGAGGAGGCCGAGCCGGUUCCCGCGCCCGCCGAGGCGGCCGAGCAACCCGCGGCGAUGGAGACCGAGCCGGUGGCGGCCGCGCCGGAGGCCGAGCCCGCGGCCGAGCCCGCUGCAGCGGCGCCUGAGCCGGCGGCAAUGGAGACCGAGCCCGCAGCCGAGCCCGUCGCCGAGCCCACGGCCGAGCCCGCGGCCGAGCCCCCUGCCGAGCCCGUCGCCGAGCCCGCGGCCGAGCCCGUCGCCGAGCCCGCGGCGGCGGAAGCUGAGCCCGUCGCCGAGCCCGCGGCGGCCGCGACUGAGCCCGCGGCAACUGAGCCCGCGGCGAUGGAGACGGAGCCCGUCGCCGAGCCUGCCGUCGAGCCCGUGGCGACGGAAGCGGCGCCGGAGCCCGCCGCGAUGGAGACCGAGCCCGAGGCCGCGGAGGCCGAGCCGUCGCUGUCGACGCAGGAGAACUCGCAGGACUCGCUGACCGACGCGGCCGUCGGCGGCCUGACGCAGGAGGAGUCGCUCGGGGCCGAGCCCGUCGCGGCGAAGCCGCCGCGGCCGAGCGUGCGCUUCGCGGUCGAGGAGGCGCCGCCGCGGCCGGCCGUGCGCUUCGCGGCGUCGCCCGCGAAGGCGCGCGGCGUCACGUUCGCGCCGCUCGCCGGCGCGACGCCGUCGCGGUCCGGCGGCGGCCUGCGGCGGCCGACGCCCUUCCGCCCGGCGUCCGCCGACGGGCCUGCCUCGCCCAAGGCCCAGGCGGCGCUCGCGGCGUCGCCCUGGGCGCGGCCGAAGGAGGAGACGGUGCGCGUCGACGCCCUGCCCGCGGGCCUGCGGCGCGAGGUGCUCGACGCGCGCCAGCAGGACCUCGUCAAGGCCGCGGUCGCGGCGGCGGCGCGGAGCUGGGCCUCGGUGGCCAAGGCGCCGAAGGCCGAGGCGGAGGCCGCGCCGUCGGCGACGGACGUGCUCGCGGCGGCGACGGCGCCCGUCGACGACCACACGCUGACGCGCGAGGGGUCGCGGAGCAUCGCCGCGCUGCUCGAGGGCGCCGACGACGAGGAGGCGGCGCGGAAGCGCCGCCUCAAGCGCGCGCGCAAGCGCCAGAGCAACCCCGGCGACGCGCGCGCCGCGAUGCGGCGCAAGGAGGCCCGGCGGCGGCGCCAGUCCAUCGCGGCGCUGCCCGAGCUCGGCGAGGUCUGGGACUGGCUCACGGCGCUGCACGAGACGACGGAGACGGCGGCGCCGAAGCCCGAGGCCGUCGCGCGCGUGCCCGAGCUCCAGGAGGCCUGGGGCUGGAUGGAAUCGUUGGAGGACCCCGAGCUGCGGGCCGCCGGCGCCGAGGCCGUGCGGAACUCGCGGAAGUCCCUGGCGGCGGGCGACGCCGCCGGCGCGUGGCGCUGCCUCGUGGGCACGGGCGAGUUCGGGGGAGAGAACCGCUUCGCGGCGCUCUACGAGUCCUCGGACGACGACGCGGACGACGAGGUCGUGGAGCUGCUGGCGGACAUGGAGGCGGCCGUCGCGCCGGAGGCGCUCGCAAAGGUUCAGGAGAAUGCGCAGUUGCUCGUCGACCGGGAGAUGGAGCCCCGAUUGGCGUACGCGUGCGUCCUGGAUCGCCACUACGGCGGCAACGACACGGUCGACCUGGGCGAGGCCUGGAGCUGGCUCGAGACCCUCAGCAAGAAAGACGAGGACGCGCGGCGCGCCGUCGAGGCCGCGAACUCCGAAAACAUUUCGGUGAGCGACUUGGCCGCGUUAGCCUCGGAAUGUUCGGACAAGGACAAGGCCCUCAUCGCGCAGCGGGCCGAGGACGUCGCCAAGGCCGGCGUGGCCUACGGCCCGGCCUUCGCCUCGGCGCUCGACUCGUUCGCGGCGGACCCCGAGGGCUUCGCGGGCCGCGAGACGAAUUCGAAUGAAGUGGUCGAGGCGGCGCCCGCCGCGCUCGAGGACGCCUGGGCUGCUUUAGAGUCGCGGGACCAGGCCCGGGACCAGUUCAACGACGACGCGACGGACGCCGGCGACGACGUCGCUAAUAUGGAGGACAUGGACGACGACGACGCGCACGUGCGCGACGAGACGCCGCCGGAGGAGGACGAGCCCGGCGACGUCACGCGCAUCUUCCGCGAGGCCUUCCUCCGGGCGAACGCGCUGGACGAGGCGCCGGACCGCCGCGCAUCGACGCUGCCGGCGCUCGCCGACGCGCUCAAGCAGCUCGAGGGCGUCGACUCGCCGGCGGCGCGCGCGGCGCGGCGCGCGUCGGUCGCGGGCCUGAGCGGGCUGAGCGACGCGUGGCGCUGGGUCGACGAGCUCGACGACGAGCUGAAGGAGAAGGCGCUCGACGCGAAGCGGGCGGCGCUCGGCGCCGUGCCCGACGUCGCCGCGGCGUGGGCGGCCGUCGAGGCGUGCGAGGACCCGGUCUUGCGGCGGGCGGCCAAGGAAUUAAGAAGGGCGUGCUCGGACGACACGACGAACGUGGGCGAGGUGCUGCUCUGGCUGACGCGGGCCGCGGAGGUCGCCGCGGCGGACGAGGAGGACGUCGUCAUCAUGGAGCCGGCGGCGCCGCCGUCGCCCGUCCGGACCUUCGACGCCGCCGCGGCGCGCCGGGCCUGCAAGAAGCUCACGGUGCCGAAGCUGCGCGCGGCGCUCGCCGAGAAGGGCCUCGACACGAAGGGCCUGAAGGUCGCGCUCGUCGAGCGGCUCGUCGGCGCGCUGCGCGCCGAGGCGACCGGCGAGGCGCCGGCGGCCGCCGAGCCGGCCGCUCCGGAGGCGUCCGACGCGAUGGAGGCCGAGCCCGCCGCUCCGGCCGCGCCGGAGGCGUCCGACGCGAUGGAGGCCGAGCCGGCGUUCGACGAGGCUUCCGCGACGAAGGCUGCGAAGAAGCUAAAGGUCGCCGAGCUCCGGGCCGCCCUGGAGGCCGCGGGCGCGGACACGAAGGGCCUCAAGGCCGCGCUCGUCGAGCGCCUCGUCGGCGUCCAGCGCGCGGCCGCCGGGGGCGCGCCGCCCGCCGCGCCCGAGGCGUCCGACGCGACGGAGGCCGCGCCCGAGGCCGAGGAGGGCUUUGAUGAAGCCGCGGCGACGCGCCAGGCGAAAAAGAUGAAGGUCGCGGAGCUCCGCGCGGCGCUCGAGGCCGCGGGCGCCGACACCAAGGGGCUCAAAGCGGCGCUUGUGGAGCGGCUCGUGGGCGUCCAGCGCGCGGCGGCGAGCGGCAAGCGGGCCGCGGAGCCCUCCGACGAGGCCGAGCGGUCGCCGAAGAAAUCCCGCAGGGCGUGA